AUGGGCGUUGGGGCGUUCCUCGCUGAGGGCGUGGGUCAUUCUGUACAGCAACGUAUCGGCCGAGGUCGCACAGGAGAAUCUGACCGUCGGUCCGACCACGAAAACACGCUCAAGGUCGACCGAGCCCCGACACGUCCACGUUCAACCGACCAGUGUGUUUUUCGCCGGCGGCCGAUGGCGACUGCAUUCGCGCCGCGGUCGUGGCUACAGCUUUUCAUCGACGUGGUCAUUCUGUCUUACACGGUUGUGUUUUCUCUCGUGAGCCUGAGCUACUGCGCCGCAAUGGGACAACUCCGAAAAGAGUUCUUCAUCGCGCUCAGGUCUCCUAUGCUGGCGGUUAUGUCCGGCGCUAUCGGGAUUCUCAUCUCUGGUCCCGAAAUCAUUGGGAUGACGCUGACCUAUGACAUGAGUGCGGGGCCGGAAAAAAUCCUGUGCGUUCCACUGAUGCUUUCUUUCACGGCCACCUACAUUCUCCGCGGCGUGCGGUUGUUGAUCAUGUUCACACCGCGGAGCCGGCAGCGGUGGGGUUCGUUCCUCCGGGAACGCAACUUUAUCCCGAUCGUCCUGGCAAUCUUUCUUGUGCUACAGGUGGUCGUGUGGUCCUUUGUACCUACGUACGGGGUUCCCAUCAAGUGCUGGAUACAACACAACUGUGUCAAAAGCCAGGGCAUCUCAUUUGUGUGGAACAUGCUGGUGUGCGUUCCACGGGCGGGCACGACAAGAACGAAUGGGCACCCCAGUUUCAAUUGUCGCUGGUGCAGCGUUUUGCGUGAAGCUCCCGGAGCCUUACCCCGAGCAACGCUAUUCACCUGCUUGCAUCUGUCCAUCCUUAACUUCCGUUCGGUAUGGUGUUGUGAAUGUCUUGAUGCAGCGAUGGUCAUGGGAAUGAAAGCUGCUGGAGAGUUCUAUACUCCGACCCUCAUGCGUAUGCACAUGGUCGUAUUCAUGGUCGUCCGCUUCCACACCGCCUUGUGGAUCACGAACAUCAAACCGGUGAGGGAAGUUCUGCGGCAAUCGUCCGACCGAAAGGACUAUCACGUUCCCUGGUUUCCCUACGUCCCAUGGAGAAGGAGCGCGAGCGGCAAGGUCGCUGUUGGGAUGAAUGAGACCAUGCAUGUCACCUGUACUUCAAGGCCGCUGAGCACGAUUCAGCUGGGCCGCCUUGAAACAAUCAUAAACACUCCUCCCCUCCUGGAAGCUUUCGAUAGCUUUUGCCAAAAGGCACUCUGCGGAGAGUCGAUCUUGCUUCUGAGGGAGGUGGCGGCUUUCCGUGACUCAAUCUACGCGGUUGAAGCCGAUGACGACGCCCUGUUCAAGGAGUUUGUCGCAAUCGUGAACAAGUUCAUCAAGUCCGGCUCUUCGUAUGAAGUCAAUAUUGACUGUCGUGCAAGGACCGGAGUCAUGCGCGACGUCGACGAGGCCAGAUUCAAGGAACUAGACACGGAUGGCAGGGCUGACAUCUUCACACUAGCCGAGACACAGACGAGCCAGAUGCUGGCGGACAACCUUCUAGCGAAGUUCCAGGCUACGGAGAGGUAUCAGCGCAUCGCCGAAGGUCUCUUGGCCAUAGAUAUCAUAGCAUCAGGCGACGAGGGGCGGGAACAUUGCGACGCGGCUGCGAACAGCAUGUCUAAGUCUCCUGUGCACAGAGGUUCCACAAGGCACACCUUGAAGUGGACACGUCAUUCAUUCACUUCUCGCAUCGUUUCCAAAACAAGAGGCGGGCGACACUGA